AUGGACGCGUCAACAGGAUCAGGAGGUCCUCUAAAUCUCUGCUUGUCUGAAGAUGGACUAUAUGCCGCCCACGUGAGUGGAAAGGGCCUGAUUGUUCACUCUGAUGUAGCUUCGGAAAAUAAGGAAGUGCAGAUCGCAAGGAUCAAAGAGAUUCCACUUAAAUCACUUAAAUACUUCAACGUGGAAAGUUCUCGAACAUCAGAUGAUGAGGUUGUCUCUCGACGACUCCUGUCUGCAAACGACAACAGAAUCUCGGUCUGGCAGUUCACCCCCCUUGAAAUAUUGGCCGAGAUUGAAAACAUCGAACCGGGCUCAUUAGCUGUUGAUUUUGGCGCUGAUGAGAAUGAAGUUCUGGUGUUUCAUGCGUGGAACACUAAACUCAGUGUCCAUUCAUUAGAGACCGGGCGCAGCUCAGUCAUUAAAACACCAAAAUUCGCCCAUCACCUCGGUUUUGGUUAUCGCCCAAGAACUAGGCACCUCGCCAUUCUGUUAAAACCGGAGACUUCAGAUCUACUGACCGUCCACGAGCCCCGGUCCUACGAGCUCGUCAACAGGACCGUGCUUUCAACCAUUGAUGCGCAAGGGUUGAAAUGGAGCCCCGAUGGGAAAUGGAUUGCCAUCUGGGAUAUCGCUAGUGCAGGCACAAAGGUACUGGUAUUCACAGCGGACGGUCAGCUUUUCAGAACGUAUUCCGGACCAUCUGGGGUGGACGAUUCCUUCGAUCUCGGAGUAAAACAGAUUGAAUGGAGCCCGGCUCCCAAUAAGGGCGUUUCUGGAAUAUUGGCCGUGGGAAAGGUCAAUGGGAAUAUUGACUUACUCCGGACUCGCACAUUCUCCUCCGCAACAACACUCUCUCAUGUCUUCCAAACUGACCAGCAAUGUCUCAAUAUCUGGCGUGAGCGAUACACCAGUGCCGCAGGGGACGCUGAAUAUGCCGAGGCAUCCUGCUCAUCUGCAUUGAGCAUGAGCCCCGAGUCGGCAGGGCCACCACGGGGCGUCUUGACAAUGACCUUCAGCCCAGACGGCCAUCUCCUUGCGACUGUUGACACUGCACGGCAGAAUGUCGUUUGGAUUUGGUCACUAGAGGGCACCCCGACACUUGUAUCAGCUCUCGUUCAUGAACAACCCGUUCGACAAAUUGUAUGGCACCCUUCGACACCACAACUCUUGAUUAACACUAUUACGAAUACAUUGCCUGCUAUUCGAUGGUGGUCUCCAAGCGGUCAUCCAUUGAUUGCCCGGGUUCCUAUCCAGAGGAACGAGAGUGGAAAAUAUGAUGUGAGAUGGGUUGCAGGGACAAAUCCAAAGUCGCCGUUCUGGUUCAGCUCACCAGAACAACAUGUUAUUGGAUAUUUGUCUACCCUUGACGGUGCUGUUGAAUUUGAGGUGUUGAACUCGGUGAGCAGCAAAAGUUUGUCAUGA